CCGAGCGAGGGCGCCCCCCACCGACGAGCGCGCGCCCCCUAGCUUGGCUGCGCAGAGCAAAAGAGACGAGGUGAAGCCCCCGGGACGACAGUCGCAGCGCGCGUAGCAGGCGCGCAGGUUCCUUGGGCAGCAGCUCAUAACGGUGCGAAGAUGGAAGUUAACGACACCGGUGCCCCGAGCCUCUACGACCGCUUGCACUCCUUACUCCUGCCGGAGAUGGCACAAGGGCUGCCCGAAAUGAUCCCCGACGGUGCAACCGACCCGUCCUCGACUGCCUGGUCCCCGCACCUGGUGCACGGGACCGCCGAAAUAACAUCCAGCCCGGAUCCCACCUCCUGGGACGCUAUCUCUGACAGUGCCUCGGGCUGCGUGGAGCAGGUCAACUACAGCAGAACCGAGAAAGUUGUGAUCGGCACCAUCCUGACGCUGAUCACCCUGCUGACGAUCGCGGGCAACUGCCUGGUGGUUAUCUCGGUGUGCGUAGUCAAGAAGCUCCGCCAGCCCUCCAACUACCUGAUCGUGUCCCUGGCUCUAGCCGACCUCUCCGUGGCCGUGGCCGUCAUGCCGUUUGUCAGUGUAACCGACCUCAUCGGGGGAAAGUGGAUCUUCGGCCACUUCUUCUGCAAUGUCUUCAUCGCCAUGGACGUCAUGUGCUGCACUGCCUCGAUCAUGACUCUGUGCGUGAUCAGCAUCGACAGGUACCUUGGGAUCACCAGGCCCCUCACCUACCCCGUGAGGCAGAGUGGGAAAUGCAUGGCGAAGAUGAUUCUGGCUGUCUGGCUGCUUUCCGCCUCUAUCACUCUACCCCCUCUCUUCGGAUGGGCUCAGAACGUGAACGACAACAAAGUGUGCUUGAUCAGUCAGGACUUUGGCUACACUAUUUACUCCACCGCAGUGGCGUUCUACAUCCCCAUGUCUGUCAUGCUCUUCAUGUACUUCCAGAUCUACAAGGCCGCCAAGAAGAGUGCCGCAAAGCACAAGUUCCCUGGCUUCCCCCAACGCCAGGAGGAGCCCGAAACCGUCAUCUCCCUGAACAGCGCUGUGGUGAAGAUGGAGAAGGAUGCGGAAGAUUGCGCCAACAUCUCCCGGCUCAUUAAAAGGGAGAGGAAGAACAUCUCCAUCUUCAAGCGUGAGCAGAAGGCGGCCACCACCUUGGGCAUCAUCGUUGGGGCUUUCACCUUUUGCUGGCUGCCGUUCUUCCUUCUGUCCACGGCCAGGCCCUUUAUCUGUGGCACCUCCUGCAGCUGCAUCCCACUGUGGGUGGAGAGGACUUUCCUGUGGCUGGGUUAUGCCAAUUCUCUCAUUAACCCGUUUAUCUACGCCUUCUUCAACCGCGACCUGAGGACCACCUACCGCAACCUGCUCCGAUGCCGGUACCGCAACAUCAACCGUAAGCUGUCGGCUGCAGGCAUGCAUGAGGCCCUGAGGCUCCCUGAGAGGGCCGAUAGGCCUGAGUUCGUUCUGUAAGCUAAAACUCCAACUACAGUAGAAAGACAAGUCACGAUUUAUGAUUGAUCAAAAGCAGAAUUAUGAAGACAAAACAGACUAUGCGAGACCGAGGUGGAAACAACAACAUCAUCAUUUGCUGAGAUUGCAGAGUGGAACGCAGCUUCUGUCACUUCUCGAGAUGGCUAAAACGUGACAAGAAGGGUGAUCUGUUGUACAAAGUAUAUUAUGAGGGAGAGUGGCGACCUCUCCUUUUUUUUCGUUCUGUGAAAUCAGUGCUAUUCUGUGCAAAUGAAUAUAGUGCUCAGUUUAAAGCUGCUCGAUCAUCUCAGCAAAUAAGCACUAACAGAACUGGGUUCCAGAAAGGAAACAGUUUCUGGAGCUUUGCAUUUGUCUAAAUCUGUGCCAGUGGAAGGAGGUUCCAAUGCACACUUCCACGCUUCUAAGCAUUGUGGCUAAUAUUCAGGUAUCGUUCAUGAGGCCAAAUGCUUUUUGCUGCUGUGUGGCUUAAGGGUGUUUUCCCAAGCAAACUCCAGCCAGCAUAGUGUUGAAUGUGUUGCAUGUCCGAUUAUAAAACUGAACCCAGCCAUAACUAUUACAAAUGAUAUCCCAAAUCAGCAUCCCUAAAAAAGCUUCUAUCAAAUAGUUCAGCUUUUCUGCAGGGUCCCUAUGACUUCCCCCACCAGUGUCCUUUCUUGUUAACUCACUUAUUGUUAUGUUGUAACUCAGGAAAAGAACUCAGGAUAGAAAGAAUCAUGAACCCUGAAUAGAGGUCUUUCUUAUGCUCACUUUUCUUCUGAGGGGUCCUGAGAAAUGAAGGGGAUUCCUCCUGUGAGGUUUUUUUUUUACCUAGAUGAGGAGUGAGUGCCUACCUAACCACAUUUAAUGCACUGUAUAUUGCUACAAUUACUGCUACAGAACUUUCGAAUAUUAUUACAUAUAAAGGUACGAUGGGGCCACUGGCUGGUCCCUAACUGUUUGUUAUUUGGAAGGAAGCUGGGGAACCUUGGGGUUUCCGUGAAUGGUUGUGAUGUUUCUGGAGGUCGAACAUUAACAGGUUAAUUCUCGUUGAGCAGCAUUGUAUUAAACAGAAUUACGUGGGUCAGAGGUCUCCUGGGCCACUGUGGACAGUGCUACAGAACACCGUUCUGUCUGUUCUGGAGAAUUUACUGUUGUGUUUCUCUGUAUCCUAAAUCAAAUGUGUGCCUGAUUAAUUGUCCUUUUUUCUCCCCCAAAGGUGGUAGACAUUACAGGCAGGUAAACAGAAAAGGUCUCUUUGCUGAUAGUACUUUCACAGUAAAAGAUGGUAUGACAUAAUGUGUGGAAACUAGACGCUAAGGAAACAGAAAGAUAGUAAUCAGAAAAGAAGAGGACUUUUGAGGGGAAGAAAUUCAAUGCAAGCCUUCAUUUGAUAAAAGAGAACUGAAAGAGAAUAUUUAUUAUUUUUUCUACAGUAAACGAAGCAGGUUCCCACGGGAUAAUGUGGAAUUGCACCGUGGAUUAUGAACUUAUUCCAGCUUUCAUUGACAUUGCUUCUUGCCCGCUCCCGGAAAGGGUCUGCCUUUCCUGAAAUGGGAGGCGGGUGCUGUACUUUCAGACAAAGCUUGCGCAAAUUCCUGAGCCUCAGAUUUACUUAAAGUGACUGUAUGUACUUAUAUUCUUAAAUUAAAUGGUUAAAAAAAUAGUUUAAAAAAUGGUUAAAAAAAUGGUUAAAUAAGGUCAAAUAAAUGUUGUUAAACUUGCAAAUGUUUUAUUAUAUUACACUAAAUAAAGUUUAUUAGUAGCCGUAAUAAAGCUAGUCAAGUAAUGAUUUUUCAUUAAAGAAUUAAAGGUCGGAUGUCAUAGUUGCUCUAUGUAGAAAUGACAAAAGGGUGAGCUUUACAUAUUUUCUAAAAUCCUAACAGGUAGCUGAGACAGUUCUGUAAUUAAUUGCAUUUCACUGGGAGAAUUCAUCCAAGUUGUAAUUUUUUUUUUUUUUUUAAGAAAUGACCCAUUCAUCCGUCAGUUUGAUUAAUGAGCAUUAAUUGGGCUUCUGCUUCAUUCAGCACUGUAGGCGUUGAAGGGACAAAGAUGAGUAAGGCACAGUCCAGACUUUUAAGGAAUUUGCCCUCAAGUAGAAGGCAGGCAUGUCUUAGAUUGUUGUGGUUAAUAGCGUAGUAAGUGCUGUCGCAGUUUACAGGUAGGGACAUGUUCUUUCCUGUAGCAUAGGACAAGGCAUUAUGGUUAACUGGAUUGAUUCAGCUUCUCAAGUGUGUUUAAUUUCUUAUAAGGCCUUAGUUAUCCAAACUGGCGCUUUAUCCUGCCUGACUUGAAUGCCUGCUUAUUAAACUCUCUGCUUUAUUCUGACCACAGAGGCCAGGCAUCAGCUGUACCCCCUGCUCUAAAUGUAUGGCAGCCAAGUGAAAAAGGAAGGGUAAAAAUGGAGAGGUAAUGGGGAAAAUAUCAACCAUUAAGCAAUAUGAUUCCAUAUAUGACAUAAUGUGUCAUUUAUGCCAAAGGUACAGCUUUUAUUUUAACUAAGGGUUGGUAAAACAGUUGAAGUAAAAACAUUUUACAUAUAUUUUAUAACUGUUUAGGCAAGAAUGACUACUAUGACUAAUCUCUCUUCUCACUUUAAGGUGUCAGCUGUCAUCUUCUGGCAAGACGGAGAAUUGGGAAAUGAUGCUUGGGAAGUCGAGUCCUUGUAAGAGAUAACUGAAUCAGUCUCACUUAGUGUGUAGUUUUAUUCUGUAAAUAUUAAACAGGAAACACUCAUAGAGUUGCUAGGUUUCCUGGAAACAGUUUAAUAAUUCUCAAAGCAUUUACUGUGGUGUGAUGUGCUUGAGACAUUUAUACAUAUGUAUUUAAUGAUCGUAUUUUCAUUCAGUUUUAUUAGAGGCACUGAUUGCAGGAAUGAAACCAACAAUAUGAAUAGGAAAUGGAGGCAAUUUUUCAAAUAGUUGAUGCUAACGUAAUAAUUUCUGAAUUGCCAUCUGGGGAUGGUAGGGGUUUCCUGUUAGCAUUUUCAGAUUGUCAACUGAGUCUUCAAUUUAAUAGAUAUAAAUGUUUACAAAUCUUGCAUUUUUUAAAAUUGUUCAUGCCUCUUCCCAUUUCAGGGCCUUCAUACAUGUCCCCUCCCCCUCCCCCAAUCUGGAAUGCUUUUCAAGCUCCCAAUUAUUUAUUUAAUGUAUGUCUUUGUCACUUUUCAGAAAUUCUUCAAGGGCAGGGACCAUGCCUGUGCUGCUCAUCGAUAUAUGUUCCGCACCUAGCGCCAUGCUUAGAGCAUAUAUAGUAGUUUGUUUUAGUCUGGAAACUCCGCUGAAACCUGUUCAGCAUCACAGCACCAUGCAAGCCUCCACUGACAGAUGGGGUCGUGGCUACUUGUGAGGCGCAUUGGCUGGGAAUCAAACCUGGAUCUCCUGCAUGGAAGUACUCAGUGCUUACUGUUGGUCCCAGAAAUCCAGUAAGAUGAUGGAGGAAAAUAAUCCACAGAUCACUUAAGGACUAGGAUGGUGCAAAUGAUUAAGCACUCGACUGUUAGCGGAAAGGUUGGUGGUUAGAACCCACCCAGAGUCUCCUCAGAAGACAGGACUGGUGAUCUGCUUCCGAAAGGUCACAGCCUUGAAAACCCUAUGGACUGGGAUCAACCUGACGGCAACUAUCAAGUUUCCUGAUGCUUUCUUCUACACAUUUCUACUGGAGCCUGCCCUCCCUGCUACUGCCAUACCAUGUGUACCUUUCUGUAUUUUCCUCAUUAAAACUUGUCUGUCUUGUAUCCUAUUCUCCAGUCUCUUGCUGUCUCUUAACUGUCAGGUAAUUACUGAAAUGCAUUAACCUAUUUGGGGGUAGUGUCCUUACAAGGCAUAUAGUUACAUUGAGACAAGUAAUGUCUUGGAUCGGUGUAUGAACCAGAAGGAGUGUUGGUGGAAAUUUCAGACAGUGUGACAAAUUCGUGGUGGAGAUAGCAGCUCAAAUCAUAGCUCGUGAGCUCCCUGCAUUGACUAGGAUUAUUCCCUAAGCCCUAGUUGUUUAAUUACUUACAGACCUCCCAGGGGCCCCUGCAGCUGAAGACAUGCUGUUAUCCAAAUCAACCUGUGUGACUUGGGCCAGGUCUCUCUCCUGCCAACACUGGAGCAGAGAACUAAGGGAAUUCCCCAGCUUUUUAAAGCAAAAAUAAAUGUGGGUAAUUAGGCGACAGCUGAGAUUUUUGUCUGGGAGACUUGGCCAACUGCCUCCGCGUCCUAGGCUUUGUGGAGAUCUGCUUCUGUGAGACAGCUUUUGCUCUCCCAGCCCAAGAGAGCAAUUCCGGUGAAGAAUGUUUAGACUCAUCCCCAUUAUCCCACCAACUCCCUCAUCAGUGGCUUUGUGUGAAAUGUUAGAUUAUAUUUCGGAAGUGCAGACAAAAGUAAUGUCUGAAACUAUUUUUGGGCACGUGAAUCAAAGAUUACUCUCCAUACUGCUUAUUCUCUUGGUUCUUAGAAAUUUAAUUGCAGCAACCUUUUAAAUAUUAGCUUUUAACUUAUCUGCAAAAAAUUUAAAAGAUUUACUUAAUUAAAUCAAUUAAGGGAAAUUUGGCCCAAUUCUCAUUCAUUCAUGUUUGGAUCAUGCAAAGCACAGAUUUUUGAAUGAAAAAAAAAAAACCCUUAAAUACUAUAACAUGAAUUCUAGAGGGGCAUGCAGGUUUACAUAC